AUGCAGGGGGUGGAUCAUUUCUACAACGCGAUGCGCGAGCGAGAUAUCAGGCACGAGUACCACAUUUUGCGUUGCAACGUAUGCCACAAGGACAUUAAGGGCUUCAUGCAACAGCAGCAUGUGGAUGCUCUUGAUAUUUUCUGCGAUCAUAUCCGUGGAAAAGACCACCAAAAAAAGGUGAAGCAUCUCAGUGAGAACGAUUUGUGGCAGCACUUUGAAGCGGCCAAGGAAACAGAUCCAGUAUGGCUUCACCAUGCCAACGGCUCGGUCUUUAAAGGUGGCUGGCGUUACAGACCCUGGCACGAGGACACAGAUGAAACCAGGACACUGGACUGGAGCCUCUGGCAGAAGGUUUGCAACCUCCGCGAAUGGCGCUUCGGAGAGUCGCUCACGCGGUUCCUUCACCCAUCGGACAUGGGGGAUGGCAAAGAAGACGUGGUGCCGAUUCGAGCAACCAAUGUUGAGCUGACUGGCGGAGCCGACUUCGAGGCGCCGCAUCGGUCUCUGAGACCGGACGCGCAUGCCUUGAAGAACAAACUCUGGGAGGAGUUGUUACUUAAAGAUGAUGGACUUGACAUCGACUUGACAGAACGUUUGGAUGAGUUUGAUUGGCGGGAAUAUCUCAGAGGGAUUCCAAAGCUAUCGAAGGCGUUGCUGGAUGAAGUCACCAAGUUCACUGGCGAACUGCACAGGACCGCGAGAUGCACCUGGACCAACAGUCCAAGGUUUCAUUUCGUGGCCACCACGGCGCGUUUCCGCAUCUUGCUAUCGCAGCAUUCAAGCAGGAAGUGCGUCCUGAUCUACGAAGACCUGGAGAGGAAUUUCCUGUCCAUUGAUGACUUGCCACGUGACGAUGGUCAGCCCAGCUAUCCAGCGCCACGAGAACAAGACGUGGUGGCCGCCUUUGGGGGAAAUUGUUUCCACAUGCGAAAGAUGAAGAACCGACUCCUUCAGAAUUCGGAACUCUCAUUCAAAGAGGUUGUGGAGAAAUUCCUGGAGUGCAAAGGCACCCAAAGCAUCCUGGACAUCGCCAUAGAAAGGAGCCUGUUGCAAUUCGAUGCCUUGCGGCUCAUCUGGAAGCUCCGCAGCGAUGCGGACGAGCGGAGAUGGCGUCAAUUCCUCGGGAGCCAAGGGACAAAGAUCACUUUGGACCAAGGAUUUACGAAGGCCGUCGAGUGCGAUCGUUUGCACGACGAGAUCAGCCGUGCAGUUCAAGAGUUUCUGCAGCAACCAUCCGACGUCACCUGGUGGACCUGCUAUUGGAAGAUCAGAGAAUGCCCAAGGUGCUGCCUGGAUUUUGCUGCGUUCCUCCAAGCCACGCAGCUGCCCGAAGCACUGCAUGCGUGCGGCUGGCAUCGCUGGGAGGGCAGCUGGACCCUUCCAAUUCGCCAGAUCUUUUAUACGCACGACACCAUAUCCAGACGCUUCAAAGACGGUAGAGCACUACAAACCACACUGGCGGAGCUGCUGAACGAUCCCCGCAAACUGCAGGACAUUCCGCCGAUGCGUGUGAUGUUUUACCACGGCAAGUUCCACAGCAUUGACAAUCGCCGACUGUGGUGCUUGAAGCAGUUGGCUGAGCACACGAACAACGCUGACCUCAGGGUGACAGUGGAGCUGCACGCCAUGGCCGGAGCGUCAAGGAGCCAACGCGUGGCUGGAAGGGACUGCGACUUCCUCAUGAAAUUCUUCGACGCCUUCUCAUCCAGGUGCGAAGGGACGAGAGUAGAGUGGUUUAAUGGUUCGCGCUCAAAGGCAUGA